AUGGCGAGGCUGUUGGUGGUGUUUUUGUCGGUGUUUGAACUAGCUUUUGGUGAAACAAUUCAUUUUACAAAUUCGGUGAAACAUUUAAAAACGACGAAAAAUUUUACGACUUAUGAGGUGGAUGUGCCCGGUUCGGGACCGAUUACGAUAAUCGAAGCUAAUCCGGAAGAUUUGAACGCUCGAAAGCCGGCUAUGGGACAGUUUCGCAAUGCGGUCGGAGCAGGAGUUGAAGAACAUGCCAAAGUUGUACGGGAUGAUCAAGCAGAAGGACUGAAAACGAUGCCGACGAAGAAGACACUAUAUUCACCGGAUUUAUUGAAUAAGUUUCUUCGCGACUACACGGAGCGUCUGAAAAAUGCCGAUCCCAGCACCAAGCAAAAGCUGAUGGAGAUUGGUAUGAUGACUAAUCAGCAAGCACUGCAGCUGGAUGGUGAGCAGAGUAAGGAAGAUCAGUUUAAUCUCGAGGAUACCGACGAAAGAAAUGCGUUAGGUAAUAACAAAUGGUAUGGUGACAAUCGCAAGGCUCAUCCAUGGAACUCGAAGGACGGGUGGGUUACGAUGGAAGCAGUUCCCUGGUCGGAGAGUAAAGUUUCCAAGUGGCAUAGUAGUUCGAAUAAAAAUAACGGUAUUAGACAACACAAUUCCUAUCAAAGCAAUGGUCAGUGGGCGGGGGACGAUAGUGAGGAAAUGUUGUAUAGACCAAAGCCUUCAUAUUCUUCAAUAACAUCCCCGCCUUCCAACAAUUUCUAUAGUAGUGCAGACGACGAUUACGUCGAUAGUUUAUACGCUUCGAACCGUCCGGCGGAAGAAAAACCAUCCAAACCAGUAUUUGACUCAUUCUACAACCGAAGAUAUAAACCAUCCGAGGAUUACGUCCGGAAAACUUCCCAAUAUAACCCGGAUUACAGUGGAGAUUCGUGGUACGACCAUGGUUUCAAAAAACCAACAGACAGUAACAAAAUCCUUCAUUCGCAGAGCGGCGACAUCAUCACGGACGGUCGCAAGCCACAGUUUCCUCCGCUCAGUUCCCCACAGCUUUACCAGCAGCAACAACAAUCUAACAAAGAUCGCUACCACCCACAAUCCUACCCGGACAGUGGCAACGGCGAGUGGGUCCUAAUAUCCACAACCAAAGGCUACCAAUACCCACGUCGGCAUGGCCAACGUGCAAUCUCCUUCCAACCUGCAGCUCUAUCCCACAAAUCCGUCAAACUGACCGUCCUCCCGAUGAAAAACUCGCUGGACAUGACAACCUCGCACAACGGACUGAUUGAGGUGGCCUCCUCGACACAGACCGUGGAACAGUCUUUCAAAGAACAACAGAACAAAAACAGCCAACAGAGCACCGCCCUUCAAACGACUACCGUCGCUCCGGUAAAAAGAAAGCGGCGUCUAACGCCGCAAAUUUCGCUCAUCCACCGUGACAGUGCCGCCCAGGAUACUUCGGCCGUACUGGCGGCGGUCAGUGCCGGAAUGGUUCCCGCAACGCUGGCCGUUCUCGCUCCGAUGGUUCUUGGUCGACGCCGGAGGAGGCGUCGGUCGUCCGACGCGUCCGAACCGAACCUGACGAUUGCUGGACUGUAA